AUGAGGAAACUGCAGGAAAACAACAGAGCUGUUGUAGGGGCGUCCUGCAGCGAGGAGGAUUGUGUGGCAGAAGCGAGAGAGAUCGGAGGGGAUUUCUUUGGGAAACCUGCAUUUUUGACAGUAUCAGGCCAACUCAAUGCUGAAACAUAUGCAUCUGCUCUUUCAGAUGUCUACACGUUUGGUCCUACUUUUAGGGCAGAAAAUUCAAACACUUCAAGGCAUCUGGCUGAAUUUUGGAUGAUUGAACCUGAACUUGCUUUUGCUGAUUUGAAUGAUAACAUGGCAUGUGCAACUGCGUAUCUCCAGUAUGUAGUAAAGUAUGUCCUUGAGAACUGCAAAGAAGAUAUGGAUUUUUUUGACAGCUGGAUUGAGAAGGGAAUUGUCAAUAGAUUAAGUGAUAUAGUGGAAAAUGAUUUCAUUCAAUUGACUUAUACUGAAGCCGUUGAACUUCUCCUUAAAUCUGAAAGGAAAUUUGAGUUCCCGGUAAAAUGGGGAACAGAUUUGCAAAGUGAGCAUGAAAGAUACAUUACCGAAAAUGCUUUUGGUGGUCGCCCGGUGAUAAUUAGAGAUUAUCCUAAGGAUAUCAAAGCAUUUUAUAUGAGGCUAAAUGAUGACGGGAAAACAGUUGCAGCAAUGGAUGUGUUGGUUCCAAGGGUUGGCGAGCUCAUUGGUGGAAGCCAAAGGGAAGAACGCCUUGAUCAUCUUGAUAGACGACUGGAAGAGUUGAAUCUCCCAAAAGAGAGUUAUUGGUGGUAUCUUGACAUUCGGCGUUUUGGUUCAGGUUAG